UUUUAUUAAUUCUCCACGAAAUUGUAUUUUAUAACAGGGUAUCGCGCACACGUACAGGAAGGUCCGAUUGCAAGAUGCGAAGAUGAACAAAAAGUUCGACGACCCAUCGAACCAUUGGGAUUUUAUCUCCAAGGACCACCUGCACCACAAAACACUCAACAUCAUGCCAGACCAUGAUCUCAUUGCCAUGAUUGACAGCCAGGCUGGUUUGGUGCAACAGAUGCGUUGCAUGCACGAGUCUCCCGCAUGCCAUUCCCUGGAGUUGACCAUGUGCGAACUCCUCACUCAGUGUGGCGACCCCCGUCACCGGUUCAGUGGCUGUAGCGUCAAACUCGAACCCGCACGCCUGGUACAGGCACUUCUGGACUUCAUACGGCCCGUUCUGUUGCCCAUGACCUGCUUGUUGGUGAUGCAGAUGGCGCUGGUGUGGCUCUUGCGGUUUACGUAUAUCCGCAUGAAAGAACAGGGCGCAGACGGACUCGAUUUUGGAUACGGCCAAUCCCGAUAAAAUGCGUGUGCACUGUCCAAAUGUGCCAUAUGGCGUUCAAGACAUUUGAUACUUUGAUGUGUAACCCCUUUAAUUCGUCAGUCCUGAUUUGUCGGCCUGAAUUGUCAGUCCAUU